GCAACGCAAAGCGCGCAGCCCAUCAUCAUCAUCACACACACACACUCCAACACCACACCAACCGACCCGUCUCGUCUCGCAAGCGUUUCACUCUUUCCCUUUCCUUUCGCCUCGCUCUACCCGCGGUCCCACGUGCUCCAGCAGCCAUGUGCGGCGGCGCCAUCCUCUCCGACAUCAUCCCGCCGCCGCGCCGGGCCACCGGCGGCAACGUCUGGCGGGCGGACAAGAAGAGGCGGGCCAGGCCCGACGCCGCCGCGGGGAGGCCCCGCCGUGCGCCCGAGGAGGAGUUCCAGGAGGAGGAGGGCGACGCGGAGUUCGAGGCCGACUUCGAGGGGUUCGUGGAGGCGGAGGAGGAGUCCGACGGCGAGGCCAAGCCCUUCCCCGUCCGCAGGAGCGGCUUCUCCGGAGAUGGAUUGAAGGCAACUGCUGCUGGUGAUGAUGACUGUGCCUCAGGGUCUGCUAAAAGGAAGAGAAAGAACCAGUUCAGGGGCAUCCGCCGCCGCCCUUGGGGUAAAUGGGCUGCUGAAAUAAGAGAUCCUCGCAAGGGUGUCCGUGUCUGGCUUGGUACUUACAACUCCGCUGAGGAAGCUGCCAGAGCCUAUGAUGUUGAAGCCCGCAGAAUUCGUGGCAAGAAGGCAAAGGUCAAUUUCCCAGAAGAAGCUCCUAUGGCUCCUCAGCAACGCUGCGCUACUGCUGUGAAGGUGCCCGAGUUCAACACCGAACAGAAGCCGGCACUCAACACCAUGGGCAACGCAGAUGUGUAUUCCUGCCCUGCUGUUGACUACACCUUAAAUCAGCAAUUUGUGCAGCCUCAGAACAUGUCGUUUGUGCCUACAGUGAAUGCAGUUGAGGCCCCUUUCAUGAAUUUUUCCUCUGACCAGGGUAGUAACUCCUUUAGUUGCUCAGACUUCAGCUGGGAGAAUGAUAUCAAGACCCCUGACAUAACUUCUGUGCUUGCAUCCAUUCCCACCUCAACAGAGGUCAAUGAAUCUGCAUUUCUCCAGAACAAUGGCAUCAAUUCAACGGUACCCCCUGUGAUGGGUGAUGCUAAUGUUGAUCUUGCCGACUUGGAGCCAUACAUGAAGUUCCUGAUGGACGAUGGUUCAGAUGAGUCAAUUGACAGCAUUCUAAGCUGUGAUGUACCCCAGGAUGUGGUCGGCAACAUGGGCCUUUGGACCUUUGAUGACAUGCCCUUGUCUGCUGGUUUCUACUGAGGGAAUCGAGGUCGCUGGGUGCCUGUAUAUAUAGACAAAGGAAUAAGUAUUCAGGACAUCAACAAGUGCUUGUGUCUGGUGCCUCUAGAAUCGAGCAGUAGCGAUGUCAGUCUAUGGUUAUGUCUAGCUUAAAUGGUCAGGAGACUGAGGUCUUGCAAUAGACCUCUGUCUUGUGCCCCCAGACUAUAUUAUAUCUAUAUAUGAGACCAGUAUGUGAUGGGAACUGCUUAUUUUGUAUUCAUGUUUCUACCUUAUUGUAAUUGCUACAAGAGGCUGUAAACCUUUUAAAUUUGAAGCCAGUGUUUGUUA